GAGAGAAAGGGAAAGGGAAAGGGAGAGGGAGGAAGAAAGGAACUGGACUGCAUUCACUGCUUCUUUCUCUGCCCAAGUGUGUGCCUCUAAUCAAAUUAUCCAAUUCAGGAGCCAUGCCUCGUGGGGACUUCACGGUUCAUUUUGCAAGCAGGGGACGUGGAACUUACAUCAGAGCAGAGGAGGCUGCUGGUAUUGCUUUCCUGGCAAUUGUCCUCACUGCUCUGUUCAUUCUGGGCUGCUGGUACUACCGCAAACGCAGCGGGUAUAGAAUGAUUCAGAACUCCAGAGGCCCGAGUCUCUCCUGGAGGGAACUUGUGAGAUCAGGACAGUACAAUGAACUAGGGGCUGCAGGCAAUAAUAAAAUGGCCCUUAAUGAAUUCAGCAACGGUCAAUCGGUGUUCCCUAAUGCCCCACCAGCCUAUGAGAAGAUCACCACUGGAGCAUCACCACCACCUUACUCUCCCUAAAGAAGAAUAAUUCAAUCAGUCUGAAUUGUUUUAACCUUCUGUAGGAUUCUGUCAUUUGUAAAUGGCACACAGAACGGAAAUAAGCAAAAGAAAACACCAAUAAAUGUUAAUUACACCGUUCACUGUUCAUCUGUUUAAACCAAUGAGAUUAAGUUAUUCGUGAGGCGAUUAGCAUUUUUGGUUUUAUGGACCUGUCACAAACUAUUAUUUUCUUGCCUUACGCUUAGUGGACACAAACUGCUUUUGUAAUGUCUUCUGGACUGAAGGACAGAACGAUAUGGAGUGAAGCACAAACUUAACACAACAUGUGGUGUAGUUUCUAUUAAUAUAUUUAUAAUAUUAUACUCAUUAGUAAUAUUCUAGUAGACUUAAUAUUAAUAGUAAAAGAGUUCCUUGCUAUAGAAUUUAUCAUCUGUGACUGUAUGUAUUUUUUUUUUCCCUCCACUGUUGUCCUGUCAUUACCUUAUAUUCAUUUCUCUGGAGAUUAUGUUAAACACACACACUUUCUUUAUAUGGUCAUUUACAUCCAUGAGAAUGCUGGUGCAAGAUCCAGCAGGAUUUCCAGAUGGAUUCGAAUUACAAUUCAAUCACCCCGAGUAUUUAACUCAGACCUGCAGUAUAUUAUAUAUUUCAGCUAUCCUGCAGAGAUUACCUCAGACAAUCCAGCAGGGGUGCUAUAUAAGUGGUGCUUCACAUCAGUCACACCACAUGUGCUUUCUAUUAUUUAAACUGCAUUCUCCUAACACACACCCUGGUUUUAACUCGACUCCUGAUUGUUGAAUGUUGUUUUUCCACU